AGCACCUUCUCACAAAAUUUAGAUCUUGCCGAUGGUCUUAGUGAACAGUGCCACUGAAUUGCAACUUCCCUAGUGUUGUAUUCAAUCCCAAAUCAUCUAAAACUUUCUCAGCUUCCAAACAGUAAAGCAGAAAUCCACAACCCAAUUAACUCUCUCUCCAUAUUUCGCAUUUUGGGUUUUCGCUCCCACUCGUCGAAUUAAAAACCCACGACGGCGCAAUGUCGACGAAAGCCACACCGGACGAACUUGUCUCAACAUCGGAGCUUCUUACACCUUCAAGCUCCUCGCCUCGUCUUCUGGAGAUCCUAAACUCAAUAUCCACAUCAAUUGAAGCAGGGGGAGAGCCUGAACAAUCUCAAAAGUUGGUGUCAGAUUUAAUCAGCUUCCUUAAUUCGGUCUCUGAUGAGGCUGUUUCAGACCCAGAUAACGAAAAUGCCAAAAACAAGGCAUUUGACGUUCUCUCACAACUUCACCAAUAUGUUUGUUCUCCUUCAUUAAACGAGGCAACAGUUGAUGCACUGUCGUUUGAGCUGCCUAAAGCAGCUUCGAGGUUCGGAGGGGUCUCAGACAAAUGCUUGGUGAUUGCUGGUGAGGUGAUCGACCGGUUUGUGUCAUUGUGUAGUCCACGAGAGAUGCUUCCCAUUCUCUGUGAGGCAUUAGAUUCCCCAAGUGAAAUGAUCAGUGGUUCUAGUUAUUUUGUCCCUCUUCUAGCUGGGCUUUCUAAAGUUCUUAUUUCCAUUCAGAGGCGGCACUUUGAGCAACUAAAAACAGCAAUUCCCAUUGUCCUUAAAGUUUUAAAGGUUGUGUCUUCAGAGUUAGACAAUGACUGCACAGAACUGAAAGAUCUUUAUGAUGGAGCUUUGAGUAUAGCGAAUUCAGUACAUUCAGUUUGCGUAAAACUGGAGGGCAGUGUAAAUGAGAAGAUUCGUGCUCUACUUGGCCUAUAUGUCCUGCAAAUUAUGGCUCUGGCCUCAUUCAACGGGAAUUUUAAGGUGUCAAGCUCGCAAUACUUGGUAGCACAACUAUCAAGUUUCUUACCUUAUUGUGGUCUGUCAUAUCUUGGCUUAAUAACUGGAUCUGAUGUUGACAGAAUGAUUAGCACUGCCUUUGGAGAGGAUGUAGAUGAAUAUGUGAGUUGCUUGUCCUAUGUCAAACAUGGUGCAGCUCUUUCAGUGAUUUGGGGUCAUAUUUCUGAUGUGGCCGUGACGGCUGCCAAGGAAGACUUGGGUGUUCUCCAGGUGGAACUUCAAAAUGACCGGAUGAAAAGGUGGGACGCUAUUGGGAUGUUAAAACACAUACUCAAUUCUCUCAGUGUGCCGUGGGAAUCAAAGAAAUGUGCCAUCAACAUCUUGAUUUGCAUUACAGAAUCAAAUAACUCUCAGAAGUGUGAUGAAGAACAGGCUGACAACACGUCUUAUAUGCCCAAUCUUUAUUCUGCUCUGCAGGCUGUUCAAAAGGUUAUUAUGUUUGCGCCUGAUUCAGAGUUACGGAGGCAUGCCUUUAAUGCUUUCAAGAGGAUACUUGCUGAUGUUCCCACUUCUCAGAGGUUUGACAUUUUGAAAGCUUUGAUCACAAACAGUGAAUCUCCCUCGAUGAUUGCGAUCCUUUUAGAUAUUGUCAAAGGGGAAAUGCACAAGGACAGAGAGAAUAAAGCACACCCACUUUCCCCCUUUUGGAGUGCCAGUGUCCUUGAACUGGUGGAGUUAGUUCUAAGGCCUCCGAAGGGUGGACCUCCACCCCUUCCCGAGCAUGGUGAUGCGGUUCUAUCUGCGCUCAACUUUUACCGAUUUGUGUUGAUAACAGAGUCAACAGGAAAAACUAACUACACUGGAGUAGUGUUUAAAAACAAUUUAGAAAAGGCGUACAACGAGUGGCUUCUACCUCUAAGAACCCUGGUGAGUGGCAUAGUGGCAGAGAAUGAGGGUGAUCAUGAUGAAAUGACAGUUGACAUACUUUGUUCUCUAAACCCAAUUGAAUUGGUUUUGUACCGCUGUAUCGAGCUUGUUGAAGAAAAGCUUAAGCAAUCUACUUAGAGCUGUUGUUAAUAUUUAUCUUAUUACAUUUUCUUUUCCUUCCUAAAGAACGAAAAGAAAGAAAGAAAUGAAGGGCAGCUGGUUUUAAUUGCAUUACAAAAUAGUGUGUUUGAAUUUUGUCUCUUUCUACUAAUUCCAUUAAAGCUAAGAGUGAAGGAGGGCUAUUCUUUUUGUGUA